AUGAGCAAGGCCCACCCUCCCGAGCUGAAGACAUUUAUGGACAAGAAGUUAUCAUUGAAGUUAAAUGGUGGCCGACAUGUACAAGGAAGACUACGGGACUCUGAUCCCUUUAUGAGUCUUGUGAUUGAUGAGUGUGUGGAGAUGGCAACUAGUGGGCAACAGGACAACAUCGGCAUGGUGGUCAUACGAGGAAACAGCAUCGUCACAUUAGAAGCCUUGGAAAGAGUCUAA